GGCGCGUGGCCGAGAGGCAUGGCGUGGCCCUGCAUCAGCCGGCUGUGCUGCCUGGCCCGGCGCUGGAACCAGCUGGACCGCUCGGAUGUGGCGGUGCCACUGACUCUGCACGGCUACUCGGACCCCGGGAGCGAGGGGCCGGGCGCGGACUGCACCGCCUCCCGUGGGAGCCCGUCUGUGGCAGGCGCGCGGGAGCCCAGCCGCACCGUGCCGCUCACCCAGUACCAGCGUGACUUCGGCGUGCGGACCGCGCGCGCGGGGACCCGGGAUGCGGCGCAGGAGCGCGUGCCCGGGCCGGGCGGCCGCAGGGGCCAGUCUUUGGCGCCCUCCGCCAGAGCGGUCUACGUGCUCCCUGUGGGGGACUUGGACGCAGCUGCGGUAGCGACCACGUCUUACAGGCAGGAAUUCCAAGAUUGGACUGGAGUGAAGCCCUCAAGAUCUACAAAGGCAAGAUCAGCCAGAGUCAUCACAACUCACAGCUCUGGAUGGGACCCCAGCCCUGCGGCCAGCUUCCAGGUUCCAGAAGUGAGGAAAUUCACACCGAAUCCCUCAGCCAUCUUUCAGACAUCAGCUCCCCGGACUCUCAAUGUGUGACCAGUGGGAAUCAUGGCUGCUGGGGGAGCUGAGGAGCACCUCCAGACCUACCAGAAGAGGGCCUGGCUUGGCCUUUGCUGACUGGAGUGGUAUGGCUGCUGGCUCUCGCUGUGGUGUGGCGUGGAGGCAGAUGGGCAGACCACCACCAGCUGCACUCAGCCUCUUCCACCCACCUCCUCAAGCAGAGGGGGAAAGGAGACUUGAUCUUUGAAAUUGCCAUUUGGCACUUUUCAAUUUUUAAAUGAGGAUCAAUUCAGCUGUGAGCUGAACUGCUCCAGACUGAGAAAUAGGCAUCAAUCAAGUCCUUGGUAGACCAGUUACCUACUUUAGGUGGUUUACCCAAGAUGCAUGUUAAUUUUAUUUGAUAACCUAUGGUAGUCCCAGAUAGUUUUCUCAUCUUUCCACAGAGCUCCACAUGCUUACAUUAAGAAAUUAUAGCCAAGCAGUGGUGGCACACACCUUUAAUCCCAGGAGGCAGAGGCAGGCAGAUCUCUGUGGAUCUUGAGGCCAGCCUGGUCUCGGUCUCUCUCUCUCUCUCUGUCUCUCUCUCUCUGUCUCUCUCUCUCUCUCUCUCUCUCUCUCUCUCUCUCUCUCUCUCUCUCUCUCUCUCUCUCUCUCUCUCACACACACACACACACACACACACUGGUGAAAUAUAUAUCCAAGGAGAUCAUCCACAUGUUUUUGGUUUCAAAUGUAAUUACUUUAUAGCUAAGAUGACUGUUUCAGGGAAACAACUUCCAGGAUGAGUGAGAUGUUGAAAGCAUGAGCGGCAUUCGCCCCAUGUUUCUAGAGGCUGAGCCCUGUGCUACCAAUUUCAGUUGUCUCCCCAUAACACAAGGACUAGAAGGGACUGUCAUGCACACCCGUGAGGAGCUGGGAGCAUGCCAGGAGAUCAUCCCCUACAGGGACCUUCACCCUCUUGCCUGCUGGCUCUCCAACUCUGGUUAGGUACUCACUACCCCACUCCCCUUUAAACACCCACCUCUCAAACAUUAGAAAGGAAAUGUCUAGGAGGCCUGGCAGUGUUUGCUAAGAACUGUAAGGGUUUCCUUCAAAGCCAAGGCUGGGGAGGCAGCUCGGGCCUCCUCCACAGCAUCCCCUCAGAGGGGCUAGCAGGCCCAGCCUCCCUCUUGUCAGCCCAGGAAAUGCUGUUGAAUCUUUUUGAAGGAAAAAUCAAAACCGUAUGCAUAUACCAAGGUUCCUGUUACUCUGUAUUUGUCAGUUUGCAUGCUCAGUGUUCCUGAGAGGCAAGACUGCCUGCCAGGCACCUACAUGUAGGCAGUGAGUAGAUUUAACAAUUUACUAAAAUGCAAAAUUGUGCUGGGUAACUUAAGUUAUAAACUUAAUAUACUCUUUCCCAUUCAUCCUGGUCUCUCAAUAACGACUUUAAUUACUAUGCUAAUAUCCUGGACCCUUACAAACUCCAAGCUCUUUCUGCUGAGGACCACAGCUGACUCUAGUGUUGCAGGGGGUACCUUAUUCCCAAUUCAGUUCUCCUGUACCCUUAAGUGGGAAAAGGGACUCCCCCCGUGCCGAUGCUGCUUCCACAGUGGGAACUUCCAUUUCUGCAUCUGAAAGUGGGGCUGCUGUCUCCUCCACCUUGCUAGGAACAUGCAAUGCUUAGCACAGUAAAGUCAACCAAGCAUG